UGAUAACAGUCCUUACUACAUUAUUUUAAGGUAUUUAUAUUAUUUUGAUACGAUCAGCUACUCCGCUAAUGUGUACCAUAGUAUAAAAACAAGUGUGGACGGUUUAGCCAUUUAAAUGGUCAAGAACCGGCCGGACCUGUGUCGAGACGGUCACGUUUUCCUCAACGGUGUGAUUCCCCGCAAUGAAGUGCUAUUAUUUUGGUUUUUGUGUUGCUCUCAGCUUCGGAUUUAUUAAUGGACAGAAUCAAUGUCGAACACCGAAAGGUGGAGCCGGGACGUGCGUGCUGUUAGACAAAUGCCAGCCGCUGAAAGACAUCGACCAGAACAACGCAAAAACUGAAGAGGAUCUGCUCUUCUUGAGGCAAGCAUCCUGCGGACUUAGCUAUAAUUUUAAACCAAAGGUGUGUUGCCCUCCACAAUUAGAAUGGUCGUCGUUUUCGCGGCCAGCGCCCAUAGAAUUCCCCCACCGCAAGCCUAUUCGGCCAACCUCUGACAAGGGCGAUGACGUCUCGGACGCCGACAGGGAAUACGCCGAGUCUUCUGAUUGUCCGUCCACUCUGCAGGCACCGGCGCCGGAGACCGGCUGCUGCGGUAUUGAAACCAUCGGCGGCGAUAGGAUUGUUGGCGGUGAUAUAGCAACAGUUGAGCAGUACCCGUGGUUAGUUCUUCUUGAAUAUGCGGGUGGUUACACAUCGUGCGGAGGCAGUCUUAUAAGCUCCAGAUAUGUUCUCACGGCAGCACAUUGCGUUGGGGCCACAAGAUAUGGAGAAGCAAAGCGAGUCCGACUCGGCGAAUACAACACGACUUCCUUUCCCACUGACACAGUUGAAGUCUACGGUGGUGGUUUUGAAAUCCUAGAAGUGAUCCUCAUCAGCAUCGAACGUCAGAUAGCACACCCUGAAUAUAAGGGUCGGUUUCAAGGCGGACCGCAUGAUAUUGGUCUCGUGAAAUUAAGCAAAAACGCACCUUAUACAGACUUCAUCCGUCCAAUUUGCCUACCCUCUAAGGACCCAACCGAAAAAGCUAGCGAGAGCCUCCGUUUCCUGACUGCCGGUUGGGGAUCCAACGGGACCGUCUUCUCCGACGUCAAACAGCACAUCUCGCUCCCUUACGUUCCACCAAACAUCUGCCAGAUUCCAUACAAGCUUAGGCUUAACGAUAAUCAACUCUGUGCCGGUGGUGAGGAAGGUCGAGACUCGUGUAAAGGGGAUUCUGGAGGACCUUUAAUGAUCCAAUAUGGAGACACCUUCGAGCUAGUCGGCGUGGUCAGUUACGGUCAUAAUAAUUGCGGAACUAAAGAUGUUCCAGGUGUUUACACACAUGUAUAUAGAUAUUUGGAUUGGAUUAAGAAAGAAAUGAUUUAAAUAUCCUUAGAGAUAUUAAAUAAGUACUUAAGUAAAAGGCCGUGGCAGGAUAAGGAACUAAGCUAUUAAGGCACAAGCUUAAUAGCUUGUACCACGGUAUUUGCUGAAUAAUUUUAAUUUAGACGAGUAUUUUGACACGUAAAUAAAGUUAAGCGCAGCGAAUACAUACGCUUUACAUAUGUCAUUGUUAUUUCGAUCAGCUCUAUUUUCCAUGCUAGCAAUUUUAUUUUAAGCUUUGAUGUCUCUUUAAUAAAUUACUACUUAAAUAAAAAACAGGUCAAAUGCGAGUCCAUUUAACUCGCGCACCGAGGGUUCCGUAUAAACUUUCAAUUAUCUGUAAUUCAUCUCAUGUAAAAUAAACACGAAAGGCUUUUGACUUUUUAAAAGUUUACUAAGCAUAAUUGUGAACAGAGCCAUAUACCUAUCGGUAAAUUGGCUAGCUAAUAUGAGCGACCUGUGUUUAAUGUUACUGAUUUAAAAAAAAAAAUAUUUGAAAGAAGAUGAUUUUAAUGUAAUCUCCUAGAAAUUUCAAGUACUUAUAAUAAAUACGCUGAAUGGAGGUUAAAUUGCAAAUCAAAUUAGAAAAUGAGGACUAUACUAUAUAUGACCUUUGAAAAAUUGCCCCCUCUUUAUAUUGGGCAUUUUCCAUAGUUAAGAAAAUAAAAAAUACACUUUCAAUGUGCCUGUGUGAGUUUUUCUAUUUCAAAUCGAUAACUUAAGCAGUUCUCGAGAUAUUUAGCAAUGUGACAAACAGACGGACGGACCGAGACGCACCACAAGGGUUCCUUUUGUACCUUUUUAGUACGGAACCCUAAAAAAUAGCUAAGUGUAAGUACUCACCUCGUGCAUUCGUCGCUGCAUCUGCGAUUUUCUGAAACGCGUCCAGAAAUGCAGAUAUUGCAACCAACGCAGAUCUGUAAAUAAAUUCACGAAUUAAAGAUGUGUAUUUUAUUUCACCGUUCACACAGUAUGAAAAGCUAAUGUAAUUUUUUCUAGAUAAAACUUUAUUUCCAGAAAUCAAAUGCAUAUAAAUAAACAGGGCAGUAUAGUAGUAUAUUUUAUGCAGUGCUUUAGCAGUCAAAAUAAAUGAAUCAACAGAACUUUAAUAACAUUACAAAAUUAUUUAAGUAAGUGGGUAAGCAAAUAUUCUUUAUGGUGCUAGCUACUUUGCCGCUCUAGUGCGGGAAUAAGCACUUUCCGUGCCAAUGUCGAACGUUGUACAAUACACGUGCGAAUAGGUAAUUCGCAACUCGUGUCGAUUUAAAACUCCCUUCGGUCGUGUUUUAAUUUAUCACCACUCGUUUCCUACUUUCCGCACUUGUAUCGUAAUAGUACAUUACGCUAAACGCAAAUGUGCAAAUUUUCGCACUAGUGUAGUAGUACCUAGCACCAUAUUUAUGUACUGUAAAUAACUAUUAUUGAGCAUCAUACAGUUAAAAAUACACAGACAGGGAAAUACAGUUAUGGUGCAGUAAGUUGGUGCUCUUCUCUCACUGAGCGUAAGCGUGAGCGAGAUAGUAAUUGGGUGAAUCAACUUUUUUUGUUUUGUUAUCCUGUCCCGUUGUCCAAGGGACAACAGUGGCACCGUUUGUUUGAAGAGACGUUGUAUGCCGUUCUAUUAACAUGCUUAGUAGGGGGCUCAUUAUGGACAUUGGUUAUAACGACCACAAAAACGCAAGUUUAAUACAUUUAAGUACCAUAAAAUCAGUAUUUCAAUGAACUUUUGUCCCCUGGACAACUAAUCGUAACCAUGGCAACGAGUGACGCUAAAAAGUUGAUUCUCCCAAUUGCGUGCUCGGGAGGAUUAUAUUUAAUUGUAUUCAUGUAUUUAAUUGUAAUUUUUUUGUACAUUGAAAGAAAUGAAAAAGUAGCCGAUUUUUAGAAGCAACUUGCAUAUUUUUGGGUUUAGUGCAUAAUUUGUUACAAUUUUUUUAAGUGCAUAUUAGACCUACGUUUGAGAUUUAUUUCUAUCGAGCGAAAGUCAAAACCUCGGGAUUCGAAUCGAUACAAGCCCUCGACAAAGGCCUCACGAUUGCUAAUUAAAUACAUGACAGCCGUAUUGUGAUCAAAAAAAGCGCUACGACUUUUUUUAAAUCCAUUUUCUGAACCUACUGCACCUAAAGAAACAAGGUAACAACAAGGUCUUCGCAUCGUGUUUGCAUCGUGCAUACUUUGACAGUGAUUAUAAACUCUUACAUUCUAAAAAAUUAUUCGACUUAUAUUUUUUUUUGUGAAAUCUCUACAGUCUACGCGAUAAUCUAGAGGCUUGGAAUACGUUCUGAAAGCUUUUAACGUCGCUUUUGAUUGGAACGAUAACGCUAUCAUUAGAUACGGUACCUUUAAGAAAUUAUCUAAUCUAAGGUGUAAGCGAUAUCCGUUAUAUAGUUAUAAAUGCAAUGCUGAGAAGUCAGGAAUCUAGUAGAAUUUACUGAGCAGUCUUCUUUAUAACUCCAAUGGAUGCUUGGAGCUAUACCAGGACCGGUCAAGCCAUUCAAACAAUUUAGCUCAACGUAAACAAUGGCGUAUAACUCCCCCAGUCUCUCCGAUUUGCUGGUCCGAUUACUCCUCAUUCACUAUAACUACAUGGAACGGAAGUAAUUCUUGCCGCCAUCUCAGUUUUUUUGGAACGUGAUGUUUCGUAACAUGGACUGAGAUUAUUGCCCUUGAACGUAUUGCAGUCAUGUUUGUUAUAUUGUGUAACGCCUAAUUUAAUUCUUUUACCAUAAUAUAACAUUUACAUUUAAAUCGUAUUGUCAUCUCCUUGCAUGUUUUCUCUCUCUUCUUGAAAUAUGUUAAUGUUAUGUUAUUCCGCUACUUUUCUGUCGCAAAGUCCAAAUUAAUUUAUUUAGGUAUUUGUCAAAAUUCCCUUCUAUUCUCAUAAUAUUUGUAAAAUUUUACUUAUUAAUAGCUUACGUCUAAAUGUCUUACUGUACCUAUAUUGUUUGUCCUAAGAUACUGGAAUAAGCUGUGAUCACCUAUACGUAUAAUUGGACAAACAUCUACCCUUACAGAUCAUUUUUUCAUGAUGUAUUGUUAAUUUUCAUGAUGUUUUUUCAUGAUGUGUUAGUGAAUGGUGAUCCUCAAUAAAAAAAUAAAUAAAGAAA